AAUAAUGCCCUCCUCCCUCGGCGGAAACAUCCAAUCCCCGGGCCACCACUACCUGCCUGCCCGUGCCCACGCUUCUUCUCUUCUCCUCCCCAAGCCCCAGCCCCAGCUACCGCGCCCCCUCCUGUCUGUUCCUGUUCCACCAGCGUCGGCCUAGCUACCUGGCCGUCCCCUCUCCGAGUUACGGUCGGAAGCCUCAGCUGAAGGAUCUGCCCUGGGCGCCCAGCCGGACGACGGGACAGGUUCUGUUUGGUCUUCAUAAAGUAGAGCACUAGCUAGAAGACAUAUUCACACGCAUCAGCUAUCAAAUUGCAAGCUUAGAAUUGACCUCAAAGUUGGGACAUGCUUGUCUUACCACAAGCAACUGAUAGCUUGGAGUUGUAGUCCGGACUGUCUGCGCUGGACCAGUAUGGCUGACACUCCAACGUCCCGCAUGGUGCACCCCUUUGGCGACGCCCCAAGGCAGACUCCCAAGCAAUUCCUGUAUUCUGGUAACCCGCAGCACCUCUGCCAUCCGUACCAGUCAGCUCCGGACACCCAUGUCGUGCUCCAGCGCCGUUACACCGUGAGGUCUCAGUCUCACUCACCAAAUAAUGCUGGUUCUGAAGACCAUGAGACUCACAAGCAGUACACGCUGGAGUCCUCAGCGGCUUCUGGUUGUUCAAGGCAUGGUUCUCCCUCCAGCCAAAGCGUCCAUGCCGGGAGUGGCAGCCCUGUGUCUCACGACGACAGCCACUCCGGCUCCACGAAUGGCCAUGGAUCACCUGUGAGCGCGUCGUGUGUCACCGGCGAGGACCCUACUGAUCUCAAGCAGAAACUGAAGGAUCUUGAGGCUGUAAUGCUGGGGACGUCUGAGACUGACCCCGAGAUAGUCAACAGUCUCGAGAUCUCCGCGGCAAACCAACUCUCGUUGGAGCCCGAGGAGUGGGAGCACAUGGUGAGCAUGCCCAGAGGGAACCUGAAGGAGCUGCUGAUUGCCUGCGCUAGGGCAGUGGAACGUAACAACAGCUACGCCAUUGAUCUGAUGAUCACAGAGCUGAGGAAGAUGGUUUCGGUGUCCGGCGAGCCGCUUGAGAGGCUGGGAGCCUACAUGGUGGAAGGUCUUGUUGCCAGGCUCGCGGCCUCCGGCAGCUCAAUCUACAAGGCUUUGAAGUGUAAGGAGCCCAGGAGCUCUGAUCUCCUCUCCUACAUGCACUUCCUGUAUGAGGCCUGCCCCUACUUCAAGUUCGGCUACAUGUCAGCCAACGGCGCGAUCGCGGAGGCCAUCAAGGGAGAGGACAGGAUCCAUAUCAUCGACUUCCACAUCGCGCAAGGGGCUCAGUGGGUCUCUCUCCUCCAAGCCCUUGCAGCCAGGCCUGGCGGGCCACCGUUCGUGAGGGUCACCGGCAUUGAUGAUUCAGUCUCAGCUUACGCUCGAGGCGGCGGUCUGGAGUUGGUUGGCAGGAGGUUGACACAUAUUGCUGGCCUCUACAAGGUGCCCUUUCAGUUCGACGCAGUCGCUAUCUCAGGCAGUGAGGUGGAGGAGGAGCAUCUGGGCGUCGUCCCAGGCGAAGCCGUCGCCGUCAACUUCACCCUUGAGCUGCACCACAUCCCCGACGAGACCGUGAGCACGGCGAACCACCGGGACCGGAUCCUGAGGCUGGUGAAGGGCCUGUCGCCCAAGGUGCUCACGCUGGUGGAGCAGGAGUCCAACACCAACACGGCCCCCUUCGCGCAGCGGUUCGCAGAGACGCUGGACUACUACACGGCCAUCUUCGAGUCCAUCGACCUGGCGCUGCCGAGGGACGACAGGGAGCGGAUCAACAUCGAGCAGCACUGCCUGGCCCGGGAGAUCGUGAACCUGGUGGCCUGCGAGGGCGAGGAGCGGGUGGAGCGGCACGAGGUGUUCGGCAAGUGGAAGGCGCGGCUGAUGAUGGCCGGGUUCAGCCCGUCCCCGCUCAGCGCGCUGGUGAACGCCACCAUCAAGACGCUGCUGCAGAGCUACUCGCCGGACUACAAGCUCGCCGAGAGGGACGGCGUGCUCUACCUCGGCUGGAAGAACAGGCCCCUGAUCGUCUCAUCGGCAUGGCACUAGUGUUGACUUCAGAGAAUGUUGACCUGAUGGAGAAUGUUUCUUGUAACCUUCGAAGUACCUCUUAGUGGUUUAGAUAUGUUUGGCUGGUCACUGGAACUAUCUAUAGGAAGCCUAUGGUGAUAGAUACUGAGUUGUAGUAGAACACAUAUAGCCUAAAUGCCUAAUGCUGUGAUGGCAGUCACUACCAGCCUAGCCUAGAACAGGUUGAUGAUGUGUAGUAGUAAGUUUGGGUAUAU